CCCCCGGCUGUGGGCUGGAGAACAUGGUUGGGAUUCGUUUUGAUGGGACGGUGGCGGAGCCAUCUUGUUUCAUAUCCGUCCUAAGCCCGUUUACCGAGCCAGAGGAAACAGCCAUGGAAUAUGACACUAUAUCCCGACCAUAGCCAACUGAAAUAAACACAAUCGAGUAUCGAAGCUCCUUUCUUAUCGACGGAAUUCACACAGCAAGCAGAAUCAGUUGCUCGUUGUGAUUAAUUUGUCAACAUCGGGGCUGCUGCUUUAAGUGCAUUUUCUCUCGCACAUUUUCUCUGGUGUAAGAUACUAUGAAUGGAGGAUAAAUGUUGCCGAAAGCUGACAGCGGUGGUUUUGUGCUUUUCCUCUUCAUUCUGACAAUAACAGAUCCGCCACGGACAGGUCCACGGCUCACUCUGGCCAGACUGCUGUCAGACCUGCGCUGCAGUCCUGGCCAGUUUGCCUGCCAGAGCGGAAAACUGCAGUGCAUUCCCCUGUCCUGGCAGUGCGAUGGUUGGACGGCCUGUGAGGACAAAAGCGAUGAGAUAGAUUGCCCUACAAUAAAGGAGGAACGGUAUCGUUACAGUAACGGUUUCGAGCCGGUGGAGGACGUCAUGGGUGUCGCUCAGCCAGUGCGCUUCAACAAGAAGUGUCCGAGUGGCUGGCACCAUUACGAAAAAACAGCUAGCUGUUACAAAGUCUACCUGAGGAGUGAGAACUACUGGCAGGCGGUGGAAACGUGCCAGAAGGUCAACGGCUCCCUCGCAACGUUCGGCACCAACGAAGAGCUGCAGUUCAUCCUCAAGAUAGAGGUGGACUUCGACGAGAAAGUGUGCGAGCGAAAGGACCAGUGCAAGUUCUGGGUGGGAUAUCAGUAUGUGAUUACUAACCAGAAUCAUUCGCUGGAGGGCCGUUGGGAAGUGGCAUAUAAAGGGUCCAUGCAGGUGUUUUUGCCUCCGGAGGGUCUGGCUAACUUCGGCGAGGCGAACCCUACCCAGGAUAACGUGUUCUGUGCCCAGCUGCAGCGCUUUCAGAUCAAGAGCAUGAACGAGUGGGGCUUGCACAGCUGGCACGCGGAAAACUGCUACAAAAAAUUCCCCUUCCUCUGCAAGAGAAGACAAACUUGUGUGGAUAUCAAAGACAACGUGGUGAAUGAGGGCACUUACUUCACGCCUAAAGGGGACGACCCGUGUCUGAGCUGCACGUGCCACGAUGGCGAGCCGGAGAUGUGUGUGGCCGCCCUGUGUGAGCGUCCACAAGGCUGCCAGCAUUUCCGCAAGGACCCUAAAGAGUGUUGCAAGUUCACCUGUUUGGAUCCCGACGGCAGCAGUCUGUUCGACUCCAUGGCCAGCGGCAUGCGGCUCAUUGUGAGCUGCAUCUCGUCCUUCCUCAUCCUCUCUCUGUUGCUCUUCAUGGUGCACAGACUGAGGCAGCGGCGGCGGGAGCGCAUCGAAACCCUCAUUGGAGGAAACCUCCAUCAUUUUAAUCUGGGUCGGAGAGUCCCUGGCUUUGACUACGUGCCGGAUGCCUUCGGAACGGGCCUGACGCCUUUGCACCUCUCUGAUGAUGGUGAAGGUGGAGCGUUCCACUUCCAGGAGCCCCCGCCCCCUUAUGCUGCCUACAAAUACCCAGAUAUCCACCACCCCGAUGACCCUCCUCCUCCAUAUGAGGCCUCCAUCAACCCAGACAGCAUCCUCUACAUGGACCUCGGGCGGUCCGGGGUUCCGCUCGCGACUGGUCAUAUGAGCGGCGUGGUCGACUCUCUCCAGAGGGAUUUUCCCGGGCCGGCACUCCCCGCCCCACCACCGCCCCUGGAGGAGCGCGAGGACUCCAUCGACAGCAGCACCCUACUGGUAUCUCCAGACACCCCCAGCGAAUCAGAGACCAGCAUCACGCAGAGCUCCACCGCAGACUGCAGCAGCGGCCCCUCGCUGAGCACCGUGGUGUAGGGAAGGAGAGCGAGAUCAUAGGGUAUGUGUCCAGACUGAUCGCUGAAGGUGCUGGAGGCUGUAGGACUUGGACUCCUUCCUGUUCAAAGCAGAGACUUCAGACAUGAAAGAAAAGACGCUUGUUUCAGGUUUUUAUUCAGCGUUUUUUCAGCUUGUCACAUGUAAAUACUUCCGUCGGCCAUCGAUUGAGUCUCUUGAUAAUGGGGAGGGCCGAUAGACCACCUCUGAGGUUUACACUGGCAUGUGUCGAUCACCACACUUUGAGCGAAUGAACCGGUUGAUGAAAAGACAUUUUAGGCCUUAGUGGUGUAAUUAAGUCAACCCGACGUUCUCUCACUGGAAUCGUGUCCUGCACACUGACUCUUUCCUGGCACAGAAAAGCAAUUUUUCCUCGAUUCAUUACUGCUCUGUCCUACUGACCCUUCCGAACCCUUUCUUUGGUGGUCAUCCGCCGGCGUUCCUAACACCUGUCCAUAUCUACGGGAAGGAUCUGUUUGGAUGUGAGCAAUACCGUGUUCUUAUUCUGUGAUGAUGUCUGGUUUUUACUUUUCUGUCUGUCGGAUCAGUAGCACAAACUCAAAAAUGAAGAAAAAAAAAAAGAUUUAUUCUUUUAGAUCAAGGUACGAGUUUGUUUCAGCCACUUUUAAGUAUGCUGCUGUGAUGUAAGUCCAUUGCCUCGGAUUUGGAAAUGAAUGUCAUCACCAACCUAGAAGCAUUUGGAAUUCUUUUGGGAGAUGAACUUCAAAACUCGGGAGUUUGUGUGUCAUCUCACCAAUCAAUAUCGGAUUUGCUCAAGUCUAAAAGGUUGAAUUUUAAAAGGGUUUGUUUUUUUGCAAAAUGUAACUUUUAAAAAAAAAAAAAAAAAUUCUGGUGAAAUUAAUGAAUCUUACAAAAGCUGUCAAGAAAUGUCCUGUUUUCAGCCACAACCAAAAGAAAAAAUAAGAAAAUAUACUUUGCAUAGAAGCUUAUUGAACCAUUUAUUUUUAGUGGCCCACAAUAUUUCAAGAAAUCUCUCAUUAUUCUUAUUAUUUUCAUUGUGGUAAUGAGAAUUUGAGAGAUGAUCUGGUCAUUUCUUCAUAAGAUUUGGCCAAAAAGUUUGGCACUAAUAUAUAUUUUGAAUUUAGAAUGUUUAAAAAAAAAAAACACUCAAUGUUUACCUAGGUAAUAAAUAUUCUCACUCAUUUUUGCCUCUGAAGCUGAUCUCAAACAGUGUGCUGAAACAAAUCAAGGUUUCUGAAAUAGUUUCUUGUUGGGAUUCUGAGUUUAGAUUUGUGUUUAGACUUGGCUACGAUGAAUUCGAGUUUUGCUUUCAUGGUCUGUGUGUGUGUGUGUGUGUGUGUGUGUGUGUGUGUGUGUGUGUGUGUGUGUGUGUGUGUGUGUGUGUGUGUGUGUGUGUGUGUAUGGCUGAAUUUUUCAUUUUCAGCACCUGUAAGUCAAGUGCUCUCCUCUCAAUGUCGUUUCGAUGUAAAUCACAAAGAAUUAAACCGUUCGUUACUUGACACUAAGUAAAUGUGAGCUUAUAUUUGCACACAUGAGCGCAUCAAUGUACGUAUGUAAGAGCAAAACUUCUCUUUUUUUUUUUUCUUUUUAGUCAUUUAUCAAUUUACAGACUACUUAAAUGCCAUUUGGACAUUUCCAGUGAAUGAAUUAUGUAUUUAAUGAAAUACAUAAGUUAUGAACAUGAGGGAUAGAUUUAGAUUCGGUCUGUAAUGUUGCUGACUGAAGUGAACACUCCUUUUUACGAAGUUGUUGUACUGAUUCCUGGAUUUUGUAAAUGGGAACAUAUAAUUAUUAUUAUUAUUUUCUUCUUUUUUUUCUGACUGGAAAUGCAACAAAAAGCCCGAACUAAAUGACAAUCAGGCAUUUUGUACAAAGAUAAAGAUGUUUUUGCACAACAAAAGCACACAGGCCUGCUGUGUUGGGCUGAAUGAAAUACAAAGACAAAAAAAUUAAUGUAAAGUUGGCAGGCAGAUCCCUUUUUUCUUUAUUGAAGAUCCAUCACCAGCACCAAAAUAAUUGAGUAUUUGACAUUAUAAAGAUGUUUCUAUCAUCCAGGCAAAUGUUCUUUCACUGUUUAGUCUUUGUUUUGCAUUUAAUUCCAGGGUUUCAUCAGCACAGACAAUCCUGUGAACAUUAGUUUGCUUUUUAUUUAAUGUGUGCUUGUUAAAUGUACGUAUAAGCGUGCGGAUUGGUCGUGUGUAAUGUAAAAGUUGGCAUGAAUGUUUUACAGACCUACGGUUGCAUGUUUUACUCUUUUGCGCAUGCAGAGAGGACGUCUCUUCUGCUGUUGUACUCUUCAUUUCUGCUAUGCUUACAGACACUCGUCUGCAAACUGAGGUUCGAGACACAUCCGAUUCCCCUUUCCCACAUACCAUUUGCAAACUUUUUUUUUUUUAAUUAAAAAGUAGAUAAUUUUUUUCUAGAUAGACUUUGUGGUGCAACAAGGAAAAAAAAGCAUCAUGAAAUGUUUUAUGUAGAAUGCAACAGUUGGUGAAUUUGUCGAUUCUUGAAUUUUUUUUUUCUUCUUUUUUUAUGUCAUGUACUGCUUUUUUUUUCUCUGAAGUAGAUGUACAUCUAAUCAAAUGCCAAAUAAAUUGUACCAUGAAGGACA